AUGUGCAACUACUGGUCCAUCGAGCCCCUCUGCGGCCACCGGACCCUCUUCGCCGGCUCAAACUGUUACCUCCUCUUCGACCAACUACAACGAAUCAACCACCCCACCGAACGCGCCCGUCCGGGUCUCCCGUUCGAGGUCCCGCGGCAGUGUCUACCCCAUCGCGCGAAUACGACGAGGAGGAAUACUGCGCUUUAUGCGCCGAGGUGUGGAACUAGGGAUGCGAGGUAUGGACCGGGAAGUGAGAGGAUUGGUGUUGGAUGGCGGUAA